AUGGUCGUAAAAUCUUCAGCGCCUUCUCCACAGUCAGAGACAAAACACGUCACAUUCGGUUCUGUGACAAUUGUGCAUGUUCCGCGCCGCCGCACCUGUUCUUCCUCGUCGUCCACUUCCAACUCCCUCCCUGCCACUGACAACAGCGUGUCAGUUGAUCUGAAUUUGUUAGUCUCGCCGCAUGUUGGAAGCGAGGUCGGCCACGCAACUCCAGAGGAGGCGCGGGAGUGGCACACUGCCCUGGUGGCGUCACAAGGCUCCGACUGUUCUCUGCUGCUCACUCAAGCCGCUCUGUGUUCUUCGUAUGAUGAGAGCGGUGAUGGCUCUUGCGACGACAGGGAAGACGAGCACGCCCUUCCUGCUGCUGGCACCCCCGCAGUCUUCUCGCCGCUGCAGUUGUCAUGUCCGUGGAGCAGCAGUUCUCAGUCGACGCAGGUGGCAUCGCCUGUAAGUUGUCAUGGUAGCGGUUUGGCAUCUGCUUCUGUAGAGGAGCAUGAAGUCCUCGGGGGGACACCCCUCUCGGCGAGUUCUGAUACUUCUUUUGCGCUAAUCAAUGCAGAUCGCGAGAAGGAGGAGGUGGAAGAAGAAGAAGAAGAGGCCGAUGCGACAGCGGCCGCGCGCAAUGUUCGCCGCCGCGUUGAAGUUUGUAAGGCGGCGUCCACUGCCACGUGUGUAUUCUGCCACGUCAGCAGGGAGCCACUAGAGUGUUACGAAGGGCAUUAUCUUCACUUGGCAUGCGCGCUGUGGUGCCCAGAGGUGUACUACGACACGGAGGCGACCACGCUGCGGAACAUAAAUGCCGUGUUGGAGCGGUGCCGACUCAUCAAGUGUGUUCACUGCCGACGUCCUGGCGCCCCUGUUGGUUGCGUAAAUGAGCGAUGCCAGCGAAGCUAUCACCUGCACUGUGCGGUAGAGGCAGGGGUAACGCUGAAUGAGAAAACGUUUGAGAUGCUCUGCCCAAAGCACAGCAGUAAACGCAAUCAGCUGUAG